AUGCCGCGACGAUAUCUCGCGCCGAUUCCCAUCACACGAGGCGGCGCCAUCCUGAGACCGCCGCGGCCCCCUUUGCGGUCUGAAUGGCCCAGCAUUCAAGUGGAAAACUACGGUGCCGUCGUGAAUCGCAUGGACCGCGAAGCCGACAGCGUGAUCCACCGCAUGCGGCGUCUCUCGACCCGCGUGACGGAGCGGUCGGCGGGCUGGCGCUCGCGACUUGGCGGCAGCGUUCGGAGACGGCGUCAGUCGGGCGCGCCGCCGCCGGAGAGCGAAGAAUCGGAUAUUGACAUACACAUGGAUGCGAACUCGGGCAUGGAAGACUGGGAGGCUGACGACGACGACUACACAGCAACGCGAGGAACGACGACGCCGCGGCUCAGCAUGCCCAUGGGGACCGACGAGGAAGAGGACUCGGACCCGGAUCUCAGCGUCCUGGCCAUGGCUAGAGGCAGUGGCCGCGCAGGCGCCGGUCAGGGCACGACCAACGCGAACACACUGGAGGAGCAGAUGCUGCUGCAGCAGCAGGCCGAGGCCUUGGCGUACGAAGACGAAGUCAUGUCGCAGGAGCAGUACGAGGCCGAGGAGACGAGCAUGGAGGAGCCGGUAGAGGAGGAGGGAGAAGAAGAAGAGGAAGACGAGCAGGAAGUGCUUGUAGACCCGGCUUCAAUUGGACUCAAGGAGAUAUCCAAUCUUGGGAAGUUUACGGUCAGCAGCCACAAGCCUGGCAAUGGGGUGCAGGAACUGCGAAGUGACGAUUUGAAACUUUACUGGCAAUCUGACGGCCCGCAGCCACACAAACUCACCAUUUACUUUAUCAAGCGCGUCGGCAUCCGCGUGAUUCGCUUCUUUGUCGACUACCAGGAAGACGAGUCCUAUACGCCGACCAAGAUUGUGUUUCGGUCCGGGACGAGCGAGAACAACAUGAUUGAGUUUGCGACCAUGACCAUGGACAACCCGUACGGCUGGCAGGACGUGCCCAUCAGCGGCGCGGGGGGGGAGCCCGACGGCAACACGCUCGUGUCGUACGUGCUGCAGAUGCAGAUUCUCGAGAACCACCAGAACGGCAAGGACACGCACCUGCGCGGCAUCAAGAUUUACGCGUUUGAUCCGGACUCGGGCCAGCAGGCGGGCGGGCGGCGGCAGCAGACGGCCGAGGGCGUCGCCGACGAGGUGGCGGCCAUGGUGGCGAGCGGCAAGCUGGCGAGCGGCGGCGGCGAUGAUGCGGGAGGGACGAGCGGUGAGCGGUUGAGCGACAUGGCGAGGAUACUGGCAGCGUCGAGGGUGCAUGCGGGCGAGAGCGCGUUUUCGGCGGCUGAUUUCUUGAGAGAGCCUGAGCUUCGAUAG